AUGAGCACCAUUAAUCCUAGUUGUUCGUCGCCAAAAGUUUACAAUUUCGGCCUAUGGUCAAAAGAAUUACAGGCAUACAUGUCCAAGCUAAACGUCUGGCCAAAAUCUGACCGUUUAAAGAAGGCUUUUGAGGCACACAGCAAAUCACAUAAAUGUAUCAAGCAGCUUGAAGUUGACACAAGCCAAAAAGCAAAUGUGAAAAUUUGUAGUAUGACCUUGAAUAAAACUGAGGAUAAGGAUAAAUCAUGCAGGCCGGAGGUCAAAAUGGAGGCUGAAUUUUCCUCCGAAAUCGAUUCAGUAGUGAGACUUGAAACCGAAAUCGGCCCAAGCAGGAGAAAAGAUCUGGUUCCUACGUCGAAAAGGGAAGACAACAAGAUAACACCCGUUAAGCUAGAUCGAAAUGACAAUGCUUCACCUGGCGAUGGUGUUAGUAGUGAGGGUAUUGGGGUAGGUGGGCAUCCGUGCAGCUAUUGCGGUAAAUUGUAUUCACGGAAGUAUGGUCUUAAAAUUCACCUUCGCACUCAUACUGGACACAAGCCACUACAGUGUCUUGUUUGCAGGAGGAGGUUCGGAGAUCCUAGCAACCUAAACAAACAUCUUCGCUUGCAUGCCGCCAACAGUUUAGAACAUUGCGUCUUUGGCGGGACUGGACAUGGCAAUAGAGGACGUGAAGACUCUAACGACAGUGGCUGUGAGCGUCCAGAAGGAGGUAGAAGUGUACUCGUUCAAGCCACUUUGGCCAGACACUUGGCUAUCACUAGUCCUUAUAGGUGUUUAGACUGUGGAAAGGUUUUGGUGCGAAGACGUGAUCUGGAAAGACAUAUGCGAACCAGACACGCAAAGUCACCAUGCCGCAGAGCUGGAGUGAAUAAGUCAAUGAACUAUUCUGGCAUGAAGUGA